AGACUCUGUAAAGAUGUCCUCGAAAGUGUUUACCUCGCUGAUGGCCGAGAGCCUUCUGCUCUCGAAAACGGCCCAAGUGAUCUCGGGUUACUCCCCGAUUACGGUGUUCCUGGUGGCCUCUAUCGCGAUAUUCCUGGUGGUCUACAACAAGCGCCGUGCCCGUCUGGUGAAGCACAUUGAAAAGAUCCCUGGACCGGCCGCCAUGCCCUUCCUGGGCAAUGCCAUCGAGAUGAAUGUGGACCAUGACGAGCUCUUCAAUCGCGUCAUCGGCAUGCAGAAAUUGUGGGGCACGCGAAUUGGAAUCAAUCGUGUUUGGCAAGGAACUGCACCGCGGGUACUCCUCUUCGAGCCCGAGACGGUGGAGCCUAUACUGAACAGCCAGAAGUUUGUGAACAAGAGUCACGACUACGACUAUCUGCAUCCCUGGCUGGGCGAAGGACUCCUGACCAGCACCGAUCGCAAGUGGCACUCCCGCAGAAAGAUCCUCACGCCCGCCUUCCACUUCAAAAUCUUGGACGACUUUAUUGAUGUGUUCAACGAGCAGAGCGCCGUCUUGGCCAGAAAACUGGCCGUCGAGGUGGGCAGCGAGGCGUUCAACCUGUUCCCCUACGUCACGCUCUGCACCCUGGACAUUGUCUGUGAAACCGCCAUGGGUCGUAGAAUUUAUGCCCAGAGCAACAGCGAAUCGGAGUAUGUGAAGGCGGUCUAUGGCAUUGGCUCCAUUGUUCAGAGCCGCCAGUCCAAGAUCUGGCUCCAGAGCGACCUCAUCUUCCGUAUGACCGCGGACUACAAGCUGCACCAGAGCUUCAUUAACACUCUGCAUGGAUUCUCCAACAUGGUGAUCCGGGAACGUAAGGCCGAGUUGGCCAUUCUCCAGGAGAACAAUAAUAACAACAAUAAUAAUCAGUCUGCCGAUGCCUAUGAUGAUGUGGGAAAGAAGAAGCGUCUGGCUUUCCUUGAUCUCCUGAUCGAUGCCUCCAAAGAAGGAACAGUGCUGUCCAACGAGGAUAUCCGCGAAGAAGUGGACACAUUCAUGUUCGAGGGCCAUGACACUACCUCGGCAGCCAUCUCCUGGACCCUUUUCCUGCUGGGAUGCCAUCCCGAGUAUCAGGAGCGAGUAGUGGAGGAGUUGGACUCCAUCUUUGGCGACGAUAAGGAGACUCCUGCCACGAUGAAGAACCUGUUGGAUAUGCGUUACCUGGAAUGCUGCAUCAAGGAUUCGCUGCGCCUCUUCCCCAGUGUACCCAUGAUGGCCAGAAUGGUGGGCGAGGAUGUGAAUAUCGGUGGAAAAGUGGUGCCCGCCGGCACGCAGGCAAUCAUCAUGACCUACGCCCUGCAUCGCAACCCGCGUGUCUUCCCCAAGCCGGAGCAGUUCAAUCCCGACAACUUCCUGCCCGAAAACUGUGCCGGACGCCAUCCCUUCGCCUACAUCCCCUUCAGUGCCGGACCUCGUAACUGCAUUGGCCAGAAGUUUGCCAUUCUGGAGGAGAAGGCCGUGAUUUCGACGGUGCUGCGUAAAUACAAAAUUGAGGCGGUGGACAGGAGAGAGGAUCUUACUCUGCUUGGCGAGCUCAUCCUGCGGCCCAAGGACGGUCUGCGGGUGAAGAUCACGCCCCGUGAUUGAGGCUGAGCCUCCAGAGAACGGGACU